AAACAUCCGCACCCUAAGAACCCGGGCGUCGCUGUCGUGGGGAACUGGCUGCCCAUCGAGGAGGCGUGCGUUGACUGAGGAGUCCCGUAUUAGUCCUGUUUCAGUUGGCUACUUGAGCCCGAGACUUUACAGAGGCCCCGCCCCCUCCCUCCACAUGACCUCAGAGGAGGUGGCUGUAGAUCUUCCCCCUGUCUGCCCUCCCCACACAUCAGACAUGGAGGCCGUUCAGGAAGAGAUCGAACACCUCAAGAGAGAGAUAAUCGAGGCAAAUGAAGAUCGGGCAAAGGCGGCAGAGUAUGGGUUGGUUCUACUGGAGGAGAAACAGGCUCUGGCUGGUCAGAUUGAGGAGCUCAACAGUCUGUACGACUCUGCUAGGAGGGAGCUGGAGACAGCCGUUGAGGUUGGCCAGUCGCAAUCUUAAAUGGAAUGUGACAGUAUAGGGCACAGUGGAGGUAUAUUCACCUUGAAACGGUUUGGUGCAAACACCAAGCAGCAUACUAGAGCCUACUAACCCUUUUUGGUCAUAUGGACAGUCUGUGUGGUCAGGUGUGAGUCAUCCUUAUAGAACUUCCACCUACUGCUUAUUAUACUUGUGUACUGCUACAUUGUGGUCUCAGCUGUGCCUACAUCACCCACAGGUAGCCACACAAUAGAAGACACAAAUAACAUGAUACCCACAAUACAAUGCCAGUCCUUUCACCACCAACACAGUUGUGUUGGUCACUUUGAGAGAAGCAUUUAAUUUGGAUGUCAUCCAGUUUUUCAGCACUCAUGAUUUAGAAAUCACUUUUCUUGAGAUGGCACUUUCACCCUAAAGCUUUAUGCCUUUAUGCAUUGGACACAUAUACAAUUCUUCCAAAGUGUUGGCAAAGCACAAUAGAACAAAGCAGUUCUUUGCACAAUAGAGUUAGGGAAGCUUCAGACCAACUUUGUAGGUGGUAGUAAAUAGCUUGUCCCACAGUACCCAUGGUCCCUCCCCACAUUAUUCCAAAUUCACAAAAGGAACAUUUUUCUCCCCACGUGGAAAGUUCCCUAGUGUUUCAUUCCGUCUUCUCUCUGAACCCCAGUCGAUAAAGAGGGUCCAGAAUGACUAUGAGAAGAGGCUGAAGGACGUGGAGAACCAGAGAGAGCAGCUGCUGUCUGAGAUGGAGUCCAGGGAGUCCACCCUCAUCUCCAGGGUGGACAAGCAGCAGGAGCAGAUUCGACAGCUGGAGAGGAAGUUAAAACAGGCAGUUUCGGAGCAAGAGCACCUCAGUGAUCACAAUACCAUCCUCACCACCGAGAUUGACAAGUUCAGGAGAGAGUGUGACAUUCAGAAAGAGGAGGUGAAGCGACUGAGAAAAGACUCAUCCGAGGGCUGGCGGGAGUGCGAGGAGAAGAAACAAGAAAUAGAGCGACUCCAAAAGAGAAUCGAAAAACUGAAGCAACUGGAGAAAGAUUUCCCGGCAGUCCGGGAGGUCAACCGGAGUCUACGGCAGGAGAUUGAGGUGGUUCAUGCACAUUACGAGAGUGUGGUGGACGAGAAGGCAGAGCUGGAGCACCAGAACUCUCAGACCAUGAUGGCUCUCAACGAGGAGCGAGAGGAGAAGGCUCAGCUAGAGAUCAAGCUCCGGGAAGACGAGCUACGUUCGCCCAUCUCCCCCAGCUGGGCCAUGGAGAAGGCUGUCCUCAACGCGUCUUCCCCGACUGGUCGAAACAACCUCAACCACAACGGUUCUUUCCCCUUCCCGUCGCCCACGAGUCCUUCGCACUCAGCCAAGGCACACUCCACGCCGCGCAAGACUCCUCUUCACCAGAACCUUCUGAGUGAGAUGCUCACUGUCGACACUGCUCACUUGGAGCUCUUACAGAAGCUAGCAGCUGCAGAAGAAACCGCCGCAGGCCUACGGAAGGAGAAGGCAGCACUGAGUGAGCGAGUGUCCUCUCUUGUGAAGCAGUUGGGCGAGGUCGAGACCGAGGCUACUCGGGCAAAGGAGGAGUUAAACAAGAGGCUGAGUGACGGUGCGAGGGCCAUGGAGAGCCUCAAGGAAGACCAGAUGAUCAAGGACGAGAUUCUGGACCAGCUGAGAAACAAGCUAACGGGCAUGGCGGCCGAGCGGACGUCGAUGGAGAUUGAAGUCGAGGCCAUGAAGAACGAGGUGAAGAGAGUCCAGGAGAGCUCGGCUGCAGAGCUGGAGCGCUACCGCUGCGACUGUCAGCUGGAGCAAGAGAAGAACCUGGAGCUCCGUGGACAGGUCGUGGUACUGGAGGAACAGUCGGCGCAGAUGCUAGAGUCGCUCCAGAAGCUCGAAGGAAUCAUCUACAAUUCGCACAACGAGCUCUCUUCCAUGACGGACGACAUCCACAACAUGCACAGGGCUGUUGUGAGUCUGGUGAAUGACAACAAGACCUCAGCCAGUUCGUCCCCCGCAAGAUCAAAUGGCACCAGCAGUAAUGGCAGAGUAGGAGGAGGAGGAAAUGGCAGUGUAACUCCAGCCGAGGUUGUCUCUGGUGACGCCGGAGCAGAUGACAAGUACUACACUCUCCAGCUAAAGGAGCGGAAGUCAACGGUACAAGUCCACCUUGAAACGCAGUCCCUAGUGGGGAUCAGCAACUUGCACGAUCAGCUUCGGUCCAUCCGCUCACCACUGGAGCAGUUCACGAAGAAGAUGCUGGAGAAGUCGCUGGCUCACUCGACACGGCAUCUCUCAGAUGCCAAGAACGUGGCCGCAAAUGAAAGGGGCUCACCCGUGGUUACCCGCAGGAACACGGGGUUGUCGGGGGAGAGCGAUGUGGCACUGAACAAGUGGCGCUCGAAGCUGGCGGUCAAGACCGAAGAAGUGAACAACCUCCGUGCCAUCAUGAGGGCCCGUGCCGCCACCACUGAAGUGUCUGUGAGCAGUCUCCGCAGCAAAAUAGAGGGGCAGAGCCGAGCCUACCAGACGGAGCUCACCAAACUGAAAUACCAGCUGCGAAUGCUCAAGAAAGAGAAGGAAGAGCAGUACAGCCAGCGGGUCAUGUACUACAAACGCUGCGAGGAUCUGUCGGAGGAGAUCACGCGGACCAAGAGAGAUAUGGAGGGUGUACGGCAGGAGAACACCGAGCUGCUCACCUCGCUCAAGAAGACCAUUCAGAAGAAGCUGGACCUGAGUCGGGAGCUCGAGGAGUACAAGGUAGAGCAGGAAAGGCUCAGAAUAAUUCCUGCCAGACUAGGCUCUUCUAGAAUCUAAACUAGCUAGUACAUUAGUUAUUGCAGUCCCAAUUUUUGUCAGAUGAUGCCCACGUGAGCUGGGUUCAAGGUGAAGAGACUUUUGUGAUUUUUAUAUUAUUAUGCUUCACAUUUUUCAGACCAUUUCCACCCCAAAUUUGAUUUUACUGUGCCAUCAUGUGUACACAGCUUCAGCAAUUUUUUUGAUUCUCAUCUCCUAAUUAUUGAUUGUACGAAUCUACUUU